AGGCGGGGAAUUGGGGGUGGCAGGAGCGGCUGUCCCGGCCCGGCACCAGGCAGGGACUUGGGGGAGGCUGUCCUGCCCCGGCUCCUGCUCCCGGCUGCCGGCAGGGAAUUGGGAGCGGCUGUCCCGGCCCGGCUCCUGAACCCAGAAGCCGGCCGGGAAUUGGGAGCGGCUGUCCCGGCCCGGCUCCUGAACCCAGCAGCCGGCCGGGAACUGGGAGCGGCUGUCCCGGCCCGGCAGCCCUCAGGGAAUUGGGAGCGGCUGUCCCGGCCCGGCUCCUGAACCUAGCAGCCCUCCGGGAAUAGGGAGCGGCUGUCCCGGCCCGGCUCCUGACCCUAGCAGCCCUCAGGGAAUAGGGAGCGGCUGUCCCAGCCCGGCUCCUGCUCCCGGCGUGGUUCGUGGUUCUCAGCGGGAACUGGCAGCCUCGGGACCGGGCAUUCCUUUUGCCGCGGCUGCCUUUGGGUUGAGAGUUUUAGGCUGUUUUCAGAUAUAAAAGUGUCUGGAAACGCUUCGCCGAGUCAGCCCGGUGACCUGCAGUUUCAGCCGGUGAACAGAGCUCUUAAUUCGCCGAUAAACCCGGAGUGUGUUGGGCGGGAAAGACGCGAGAUUAGCAGUGGUUCCGAUGUCCCCUCGCUGUGUUGGGAGUAAGGAGCCAGCUCCCAUCCCGGCUGCCAGGCAUCCCUGGGUCACAGUGGGCUCCCAAUUCCAGCCUGCCCUGGGGAAGCGUGGUUGGAAAGCGGCUGUCCACACCUGCGGUCAGUCCCGGAGGAUGUCCCGGAGCGGCGGGCGGUGCUCGGAGCACGGGGAGAUGUGACCUCCAUCCCCCAUCGCAGCCAGUCCUCUGUGCAAUCAUUGCUCCCGCUGCCUUGCACGGCUGCGCCUUCCAGGAAUAACCCUGGGAACUACAAGGAAACAGCGAGGUCUGAAAUGUUGGUAUUGACAGCAGCCCGUGGGCUCAGAGAUGGAUUCACCAGAAGGGGCCACCAUUAGAAGUGAGCAGAAAUACAGAAAAUUCUUAAAAAGUCUCAUAAGAAAGCAGCCUCGGGACCUUCUCCUGGUGAUUGGGACGGGGGUGAGUGCUGCAGUAGCCCCAGGAAUCCCAGCACUCUGCUCCUGGAGGAGCUGCAUUGAGGCUGUCCUUGGAGCAGCUGAGCAGUUGGAGGUGCUGCACCCGGGGGAUGUCGCUGAAUUCCGUAAGAAAGUGAUCAAAGAGAGGGACCUGCUUGUGGUUGCACAUGAUCUCAUCAGGAAGAUGUCACCACGUACCGGGGACACGAAGCCCAACUUCUUCCAGGAUUGCUUAAUGGAGGUGUUUGAUAAUUUAGAGCAACACAUUCAGAACCCUGUGGUUCUGCAGUCCAUCCUGAGGCUCAUGGAAAGAGGCACAAUGGUUCUGACUACAAACUAUGAUAAUCUGCUUGAAAUAUUUGGUCAGCAACAGGGUAAACCUAUGGAAUCUUUAGACCUUAAAGAUAAGGAUAAGGUUCUUCAGUGGGCAAGGGGCCAUGUAAAAUAUGGAGUUCUUCAUAUUCACGGCUUAUAUACAGAUCCCUGUGGAAUGGUGCUUGAUCCCUCAGGAUAUAAAGAUGUUACUCAAGAUCCUGAAGUCAUGGAGGUUCUUCAGAACUUGUACAGAACCAAGUCUUUUUUGUUUUUGGGCUGUGGAGAGACUCUGCGUGACCAGAUAUUCCAAGCUCUUUUUCUUUACACAGUGAAGAACAAAGUGGAUCUAGAACAUUACAUGUUGGUGCUUAAAGAAAAUGAAGACCACUUUUUUAAGCUCCAGGCAGAUAUGCUGCUGCAUGGAAUAAAAGUGGUGUCUUAUGGGGACUGCUUCCAACAAUUCCCAGAAUAUGUCCAGGAUCUGACUGCUCAAAUCUGCAAACAGAGAAGUCCAGAUGCUGACCGGGUGGACAGCACUACGCUGUUGGGAACAUCAUGCGUGGACUGUGCUAAAAGGAAGUUAGGAGAAAGUGGCACUGAUUCUCCUAAGAGGAGCAAGCAGUCAGAUAUACCCACUCUUGAAUGAAAAAACUCCAGACACCAAAGGCCCACCCCAGAAGCUUUUUAAAAGUAGGUGUUUUACAUCUGCUGCAUGGCAAGUUUUGAGCUGGUAUUUUCAUGAUUUUAAGUGGAAUAAAAUUGUACAUACUAGA